ACUCGGCCAGUGGGGCGGGGCUUCUGCCGAUUCAAAGUGAAUGAAAUGACUGCACACGUCCCACCCUUUCGAGACGCCAAUUUGACCAAAACGAGCCCCACCAGCCCCCUCCUCCGAUGACGUCGAGUUACUAACCCGGAAACGUCGAAUUGCUUUUCUUCUUCUACCUUAGAGCUCACGGAGAAGCGGACGCGAUCUUCUUCUUCUUCUUCUUCUUCGCCUUCUCCUCCUUCUUCUUCGCCUUCUCGUCGGGAGCGUGCCAUCCAGCCACCCCGUUGCCGGCGACGAGCAGGUGCCAACAUGGGGAACCUGCUGAAGGUGUUGACCUGCACCGACCUGGAACAGGAGCCCAAUUUCUUCCUGGAUUUCGAAAAUGCGCAGCCCACGGAGGGUGAACGCGAGGUGUGGCAGCAAGUGGACGUGGUCCUCAAGGACGCCAAGGCCAUCCUGGACCAGCUGCAGGCCUACAAAGGCGCCGGGCGCCAGAUCAGAGAGGCAAUCCAGAAUCCCAGCGACGAGGCGCUUCAGGAGCAGGCGUGGUUGGCGGUGGUCCCCUUGGUAGGGAGGCUCAAAAAGUUCUACGAGUUCUCCCAGAGAUUAGAGGCGGCGCUGCACAGCCUGCUGGGUGCGCUGACCAACGAGACGUACGACGACCCCACGCAGCACCUGGAGCGCGAGCAAGCCCUCGCCAAGCAGUUUGCCGAGAUCCUGCACUUCACGCUGCGCUUUGACGAGCUCAAAAUGACGACUCCUGCCAUCCAGAAUGACUUCAGCUACUACAGGAGAACGCUGAGCCGCAUGCGCAUCAACAACUUACCCGCCGAGGGUGAGAACGAAGUCAACAACGAGCUGGCUAAUCGGAUCUCGCUCUUCUACGCCGACGCCACGCCCAUGCUCAAGACGUUAAGCGACGGCACCACCAGGUUCGUGUCGGAGAACAAAAACCUGCCGAUCGAGAACACCACAGACUGCCUGAGCACCAUGGCCAGCGUCUGCAAAGUCAUGCUGGAAACGCCGGAAUAUCGCAGCCGUUUCGCCAGCGAGGACACGGUGUCCUUCUGCCUGCGGGUGAUGGUGGGCGUCAUCAUCCUAUACGACUACGUCCAUCCCGUCGGAGCCUUCGCCAAGUCGUCCAAGAUCGACAUGAAGGGCUGCAUCAAAGUGCUGAAGGAUCAGCCUCCCAACACCGUGGACGGCCUCCUCAACGCUCUCAGGUAUACCACCAAGCAUCUAAACGACGAGUCCACCAACAAGAGCAUCAAGCUGAUGCUGCAGUAGUGGCCAGCUGCUGAUUGUUGUCACCUAACCGUCCUGCUGCGUGCCGCUCGCCGGAUGAAUGCCGAUCCACCAAAUUUUUUUUUCUGUUGUUGGUGUUUUUUUUUCCCCCUGCCCCGCCUUCUUUUUCGAAGAGAAGAGCUCCACCCUCUUUUUUUUUUUAAUGCAAAAUGCUACUGCCGUCAUGAACGUCUUUUUCCCGUGCCAAAAAGAUGUCGCUGAACUACAAUGUGAGUGAGCCAUGCAACAGUGGCGGCUCAUGGAAGCAUUGUUGGGCCUUUUAAAAAAAAAAAAAAAACAGAAAAAGUGUCAGUUCCCCUUUUUUCAAGCACGGGAGAAAGGAGAGCGAGCGGGUGCUUGGACUUGGAUAUGAUUUAAAAGAGAUAAAUAUAUGGAGAAGUAUAUAUUUUUGUUUGAUUUGUUAUUUAAUAUGACGUUCCGUGCAUGACGAAAAAGAUUUUUUUUUUUUUUUUU